UGCUGCAGGCUGCGUCAGUGUGUCAGUGUCACCAAGUGUGUGUGUGUGUGUGUGUGUUACUGAGAGACCUCCUCACAAACACUCACACUCUUCUGUCCAUGUUGAAAUUUGGUGAUAGAAGGCAGAGAAAAAGAGGAAAUGAGUCUUUCCGUGCUCGCUUCUUCUGCUUUAGCGAGUUUAAGAGUGUGAGACCGCCGGAGAAGAGCAGCAGCAGCAGCAGCAGCAGAGGUCAGUGAAGGCUUCUGGCUCCUCUUGCAGGUGAGAUGAGGGACCGACUGUGUGAGCUGCAGACCUUGAAGCCUGCAGGAGAGGAGCGCAGGCCUGAGGAGAGCCACAACCACAUCGCCGAGGGGAAUGAGGAGCAUCUGGAGCAACAAGCCAUCCUGUUUGACGGGGAGGACGUGAUGGACCACGUCUACAAAGAGGCCCAGGCGAUGAGGAAGGAGAUGCUGCUGCUCAAAAUGGACGUGAAGCGUCUUGGGAAGCAGAACACCAGGUUCCUCACGUCUGUCAGGAGGAUCAGCAGCAUCAAGCGGGACUCCAACGCACUCGGACGGGACAUCAAGGCCAGAGGGGAAGCCAUUUACGCUCGGCUGGAGAAGCUGGGGAAGCUGAGCAAAGAGCUGGAGGAGGAGCACGGACCCACAUCCGCUGUGGCUCGCAUGGUGCGUUCACAGAACAUUUCCCUGACCGGCGCCUUCCACAAUGCCAUGUCUGAGUACAACGAGGCUGAGAUGGCCCAGAGGGAGAACUGCAAGACCCGCAUCCAGAGGCAAGCCGAGAUCAUGGGCAAGGAGGUGAGCAGGGAGCAGAUCGACGAGAUGAUCGAGACGGGCAAGUGGAACGUCUUCUCGGAUAACCUCCUCCUGGAGGGGAGGACUGCCAGAUCUGCCCUCAAUGAGAUCGAGAACCGGCACAAGGAGCUGCUGGAGCUGGAGAGCCGCAUCCGGGACAUUCACGAGCUCUUCUUCCAGAUGGCUCAUCUGGUGGAGGAGCAGGGCUGCAUGCUGGAUAACAUAGAGGCAAAUGUAUGUGCGACCCAGGACUAUGUUGCCAAGGCCACAGUUCAGAUCAAGAAGGCUGUGAAGUACAAGAAAAACAAUCCAUGCAAGAAACUGUUUUGUUGUUGCUUCCCUUGCUGCAAUUGAGACAACGUCGGGGUCAUGACUGCAAAGUAUUUCUGCUUUAGUUUGUGUAUUUAUUUAGCUCAAAUGGAGCCUUGACUCCAAUUUUAAGCAGUAACAGUGUCCAAAUUUCACACUCUAGUACAAUUUUCUUCGCUGAGCUGGUCCGAGAAAAGGCCUACAUUUCAAACCACGUGUCCGCAUGUAAAUGUCUGGGUGUCGCACUUCCUGAUUGCAACUGAGAACAGCUUUACACGAUUACUGCAAAGACAUCUAGGCUUUAAUUUAAUGCCUCAGCUUUGUCCCUCAACUUUCAGCUUUAAACUUUGUAAUGUUAUAUUAGGUAUUUAACUAAUGUAAAUAAACGCCUUGGUGUGGCUUUUUAAUUCAUAUAACCUAGUUUUCACAGCCUGAAGUGUAGCUAUGUAGGUCUAUUUCUUAUUACAGCCAUUGCUUAAGAAGUCUGAAGAAACACACUGAACAGAACACAGCCAGACUGUGGUUAGCUGGGGAUUUGUGCAGCUUGUGCAAGCAUAAAUCGGCCACCCCCCAUGUAGAGUUUACACCAGCUAUAAGCCAGACCUUAAUGUUUCUCAAGACUCCUCCACUUUUUAGAGAUGAAACUGUGUCAUCUCCAAUCUCGUGUUUUCCUGUAGUUUCACUGAUUCACUGGGGCUCAACCACCGUCUAUCAGAUUUGAAUCACAGGGCCACGUUUUCCCAGCUUGUCCCGUACAAAAGGGCCCAUGAAUCGACGUGUACAUGGAUGUUCACUCAGGCAGUGCGACAACAAUAGUGAACGGGAAACUAAUCUGGUCAGAGUGCGUUCAGUUUGCACAGCAGGCCUAUCUCCUCGUCAUUUGAGUGUCAGUAAAAUGAAAAAGACCUUUAUUUCCCCUUGUGUGGCAGCCCAUCACCCACUGGGGAGGGGGAUUCCCAGUUAUCACCUGAUCAACUGAAGCUAAGACCAUCAUCGCUCAUCAUGCUGUAGCCUGCACGACAGACGCCAGUGGGCGUUUGCAGAAUAACUGCCUCUGCUCUGUGUUGAAAUGGGUUUCGGGGCUGCAAUGAAUGGACUUUCUCAGCAGCGCUGUGUGGUUUGUGGUGGGCAUUUACUGGCAGCGUCGUUGUGUACUGAGGCGUUACAAUGACACCAACACAGGUAGACUCAGCUGGUAUCAUGGCAGUCUUGUCUUUUUCAGAUGUGUGCUAAUAUGAUGAUACAAUUCUUGCUCACCAGGAUGGCCGAGUGGUUAAGGCGUUGGACUUAAGAUCCAAUGGAUGUAUGUCCUCGUGGGUUCGAACCCCACUCCUGGUAACAGUGGGAAAUUUUAAACUAAAAAAACCCAGGUUAACAUUAAUUGAGUUCAAGUCAUUUGGUCAUUAUCUCUGUACAUUACUACACAAAUCCAGUCAUAAAGUACUUUGAUAUAAGCGUGUGGAAGUGCCAUACCUCUUGUGUUGACAGAUGCAUGUUUGGACACAAGAAAACAGCUCUGCUCAUUUUCUGACACAGCAAAAGGUUUGUUUAAAUCAGCUUUGAUGGUCUGAUGAGGAAAUGUGGCCUCACUAUGUGAUCAGAAACACACUUUUCAUUUUUAAUGUGUCACUUGCUUGCAUGUGAAUAUACAUGUAGGUUAUACUUAGAAACCAGAUUUGACCUUUAUUGUAUUCACCUACAUUAAAAUGAGACGAAACUUCACAUAAUGACUCAUCACAAAUGAGAGAGCAUGAACGGAAAAUCCUUCUCAUCUGAUGGGGUGAGGCGUGUGAAUCUGGCGCCAUCUAGCGAUAAAAUAUAUGAACAUGUUGCCAUGAAACUGGUCAAUCAACUUUCCUCUAAUUGAAGUAGAGCAGUGGAUGCUCCCAUCUGCAGUAACAGGCAGAAUCAAUUCUGAGUACUGUUUAAAUUUUACCGGGCUACAGUUCCUAAAACAUCAGCCUGAAAUAAACUAUAAAUGUUUCAACCCUUUUUAUAAUUUUUGAAGCUUAUUGUUGAAUAUUUCAAUUUGAUUACUUGACAACAGACAGACAGACCAACAGAACUUAAUUAGUUUUGUUGUCAUGUUGUCCAUAAGCCUGUUCAAGACCCAGCAGAGUUUAAUUGUUGCCUUUUUUCAGUCCAAUAAAGUUUUGGGAGCUUUAAACCAGUGUGUCAAUAACACCACUUUUUUCCGUCACUGAUUUCCUAUCCUGAUUCUGAGCUAAACACAGGCCUGAAUGUGCACAAGCUCUCUGUUAACACUGUGUCAGAUGUAAAGCUAUUAGUGGGUUAAACAAAGCGCUGUGAAGCAGGAGGUCUAUGUUGUUAAGGUAACAUUUAGGCCCAUGGUUGAUAACUGCUGCAACAAAAGGACAAAAAAAUAAAUAAAUAAAUAAAUACAUAAACCUUUAAAAACCGAGAGCCUCUUUAUUAAAAUGCUUCAGAAGUCAAACAAAUGAAGCUGGCAUAUUGUGGUGAAAAAUACACUUCAGGAGGAGUGAAAACAAGAUGGAAGUGUUGAUACACUAAGGUCUGCUACAGAUGACGUAUACAUGUCCUUAUUUCAUAUGAACUCAAUAGAGCAAAAGGCUCGUUUAAUGGUAAACCAGAAGAAUGAGGGCAUGUGAUCAGAUCUGGCUGAAGUUCAUUACAAGUUUAAAAAAAAAACUGAACAGUUAAUAUGAAAAUGUCUAAACCGAUGCACUGAGCCUGAGAAAUAAACGGUGUAAAUGAGUCUGCAAGUGG